AUGUCACUCACAAAUGAGACAGAUCUACAGUUCUCUUUCACAUUUUACUAUUACGUGCGUUAUCUGGGACAUUGCGAAGAUGUUCCUGACCCGGGAAAAUAUGGGAAACCAUUAGUCAUACCUGAAAAACUGCAACAAAUACCAAUUAUCUGCUUAUCUCUGAUUGCUUUUAUUGUCAAUGCCAUAUCGCUGUUUUUAUUUCUUUUCGGUGAAGCAACAUUAAAUCUCAUUGUAUCUUUACGAGGAACAAAAACAACAACGUUAGCAACAACAACAACAACAAGUGCAGUGACUACAGCCCCUACAAAAAAUUUAACGAAAGGAAGCAAAGAGCGUAGACGUCCUAGAAGCUUAUUUCUGACUAGUCUGAUAAUCCUAAGCACCUUUGAAGUAAUUUUCAAUCUCAAUGUAUUUAUUUUAAAACUGACUCAAGUACUUUCACCAUAUUUUAUUCAUCAAAGACCAGUUAAUCCAGCAUCACAUAUACCGCCUGAUAUGAGACUCGUUGUGAUUCCAACUGCGCAAAAUGUAAUUAUGUUUUUGGCAGAAACCGGUUUGAUGUGUAGAAAUUGGUGUAUUUGUUUAAUAACUGCUGCUCGUGCCGAAGUGGUAAUGUGGCCAUUAGGUUCCAAACGAUGGCAACGUAUCUUAAGAAACCCCAAAAGAUUCAUUCUGAUAAUAUCUGUUUUCGUGAUAAUUUCAACCUUCAUUUCGGCUCUUAAGCAUAUAGAUAUUAUUGGCUUAUUGUGUUAUGAUAAGAUUUCUCAAAAAUACGCAUUAUGGUCUGAAGAUUACUUUUGGAGCAGUGAAGAAUUUUCAAGGUUUAUGACAUUUGUUGUUCUGCCUUAUCAGGCUAUUAUUACAUGGGUUUUGAUUAUUCUGUUUACUCUCUUAAUUUUGUUGAGACUGAGACCAUGGGAUGAAAAUGAUGAUUCUAUUUUAUUCCCCCCGAAUUCGAAAUCAUCGGAUGAAAUACCGUCUCUACAUGAAGAACGGCAACAAUGUCCAGCCCAGCAAGAUGCUCUAAGAAAGCGUCAAAAAGGCCAGAUGAGAGCAACGAAAAUAGUUUUAGUCGUGGCAAUGUUGUUUGGGUCACUGGAAUGCAUGAAUCCAAUUCUAUCAAUAUUGCAAACAGCAAGAAUAUUGACAAAUACUCCCCUGAGUCGUACUCUAGAAACGAUUGGCAACACACUAAUUACAGUUGACUCAAUAUGCAAUUUCGUGGUUUUCAUAUGGAUGAUGUCUUAUUUCCGCCAGUUAUUUGUGAAGAUAUUUCUUUGCACAAGUAUCAACAGCAACAAUAAUUACAACAGUAGUGGCACUUCACAAAGGGUUACAUCGUGA